UUUGGCUGGAGUCGUCCACGGGGACAGAACGCGACAUUACCCUCACCCCCGCCUCUGUCUGUAACAUAGUGCCCGUGCUGAAUCAUGACCGAAAUAGGGACCGGCAGCGCCUCGCCGGGUUCAGUACGUCGACGUUCGACAACCGGUGAGUUGGACCGACGUCACGGUACCGUAUUCCAACUACAAUUGCAUGAUUCACCGGUCACAACCAGGUCAUUUGCAGAACAAGUUUCAAGUUCAGACGGCUCAGACGACGAAUUCCAACUACAAUUGCAUGAUUCACCGGUCACAACCAGGUCAUUUGCAGAACAAGUUUCAAGUUCAGACGGCUCAGACGACGAUCGAUCGAGUCAGGACCAUGCGGAGAACAUUGCCACAAUUAAUGGUUUUGACGUAUUCGACGCGUUCGAGGUCAAGAAGUUGACGGAGUUCAACACCAGCACGCGCUUCAGCAAUUAUGGACGAGUCAUGGUUGUAGCUUUGAGCAGCAUGUUCUCAGCGUCCUUCUUGAUCCACGGGCUGCUGGUUCCGGAGGGCUGGAACCCAAGGUACUUCGCACUGCCAGAAUAUGAGGACAAGCCUAAGUUUCUGGAGUGGUUGGAAGAUGGCGCUGCGGGGUGCAUUUACUUCGCGCUUGGCGUGAUCCUCCCCAUGCUGACGAGACAUAGGCACGUUCAGUUGGAGCGGACGCUAAGCGUUGCACACCGCUACGAAGUUGACCUGAAUCCUGGUAAUGCGAACAUGUUCCUCGCCUAUGUUCUUUGGCCGGUUACUUUCGUAUUGGGUAUGCUUGCGCCCGUACUAAUUUGGUUGCCCCGAUUGUACGGAAAUGACAUAGAGAAGAAAAUACACAUUCGCUUUUGGACUGAGGUCAGCAUCUUCACUUGGUCCAUCAAUAUGCUCUUCAUUGGACCUUCCAGGGUGGAAGAGAUCGGAACACGAGCCAUAGAAGGAAUUAUCGAUGGGGUCGUUAAGGAGAUGGACAACAUGAGAACCGAGAACAUCUGUUGGGAAAGGGUGCUGAGCAAAUUAAAGGCGACCGAUUACUUGCUGGCGGACACCUUCCAGUGGAGUUGCCUCGGGAAAUUGAUAGUCGUUCGUGUCUCAAUGCUCUUCUUUCUCGCAGCGGGAUUCGGUUCUGUCGGAAUUGUCCACAACAGUAAAACUACUAGGAAGGGCGCAAUACUUUGCGGUCUGAUGUCAGCGAUUUGUGGCUGUGCUAUUUUAGCCCGUUUAGCAUUCGUCAGCCAGAAGUGCAGAAACACAAGGCCUGGAUCACGUCACCUUGCGGCAGUAUUGAUUCAGAAAAUGGUUGCGCACAAGUUCGACGAAGAAAAGAAGAAGGAUGAAGAACAAAAGAAGAAGGAUGAAGAACACUGGGAUGCUUUCCGCCAGUUGUCGCUCUACAUCAGAGAAAGAACGCUGGGUGUAGAGUUGCUGGGCACACGAAUAACACCCGAGAUGGUAGGAAACGUUGCAUUACGAACCUGCUUCUACCUGCCAGCUGGAGUCACUGUCGUCGAAGGCGUAUGGAACAAGGGCAAAAUCGAUGCUUAGAGCCAGGGCCCUCACGAACAUUGGUGACUCCCGCGCUCGCUGUCUGCUCUAAUGUGCUUUCCGGCCACGGGGGCGCAGGCGGCGAAGCCCCCGCGCCACACCGCGCACGACGCCGCAAGGGGAGAUUUUUCCGCGCGGGUGCCCAUGCACCCGCUCCUCCGUCGCCUUCUGCACAGUGUAGGCCCGUGCCAGGAAGCACCCUGCUUGCCUCCAGGGUGCCCUGGGUUUCUUGGGCUUCGCUGGUUUUGCCGUGGAAAGCGCGACAUCCCCACACCAAGAGUCGAGGGACGUCAUGGGCUCUCAGGGCUGGGCUUCUGGUGGAAGGCUUCUUCUCCUCCUCCUCCUCCUCCUCCUCCUCCUGAAUGUACCCUUUCCUGGGUCGCGCUCUGCAGGUGCUGAUUCUCUGACUCGGCCUGUGUGGUCGGACGCCACUGCCGUUCUCUCUGACCCACCUGCGCCCUGGACCGCGAUCUGGGACUCCACCCCGUAGCUCUCGCAUUUUGAAAGGCCGACGGGGCAGUGGCUCGGGCAAGAAGCUUACUGCGCACCGCGCUUCGCGGCCUGGUCCGUGCACACAAUUACCCUCUGCCAGGGUUGCGGCUCCAAUAAAUUGCAUUCGGGCUUGCGGCGCCUGCGACGAGUGAUGUUAAGGUUAGGUUCACCACGCAGGCUUAUGCUUGCAAGGUGGUCGAACCGCACUUACAUAUUGCUUCUGUAUCACAUGGGGGGGCUUGUGCGUCAGGGCAGCCUCGGAACCUCGGGGGCCCUGUAACAAGAGCUCAUGUCCAGCAGCGUCGCCCGCUUUUUUCGGGCAAACUCACCUGGCCUACGUGCCAGCAUGUUUCGCCUCCUUGGGCCCGCGGCGGAACCCGAUUCCCCCUCCCCCCUCCUCUUUCCCCCCCCCACAGUUCCCUGGACCAGCGGGACUGUAGGCAGAGCGAUGUGCCGCCCAGCUUUCAGUGUGUGACCGAAUUCGCCCACACACACGAUAUUGAGUGGUGUGAGCUCACCCCGCGGCCUGAGGCCGAGGUGGGUGACACCUUGUUGUUCUGCAAGAAGUGCUGCCAGUACGCUUUCACGAAACCACUGGGCCUCGGCAAGGUUUGUCCCAGUUUUGGGAUCCCCGGGUGGAAGCGCAAUGCGGCAGCACAGCACAAGUUGCGCCGAUUUCUGCAGAGCCAGCACCCCAAGCACGGGAAUGAGGAUAGGAUUGUUGUUCAUUGGCCCCUCUUGGGACAGCUGCACGGAGCUGGGAAGGCUCCAGUUUCUCCCCGCUAGGUUUCGGGCCCGUUUCAAGGUGGCCCCAGUGGCCAGACCUCUGCUGGGUAAACCUUCUCCUCCUCCCUUCCUCCUCCCCCC